AUGCAUCGCCGUCUAGGAGUGCAUCAAAGACCUGCACCACCACCCAAACACUUGUCGAAAAGGAGUCGAAAAAGCAGUGGACUGCUGCGCCAGGCGCUCAGGAACAGGUGGGAAAUUCUCAAAUCCCUGCAAGAACAUGCUGAGCCUGUCCGAAUCCCUCACAUCGUUGCCUUGAUCGAGACGAAUAGAGCCGAAUACCCUCUUUCCCCUUCUUGCAUAUAUCAGGGCUCGGACGAUGCUUUCCAACCCCAACAACCGAACCCUCUCACGCGCCGCGCUGCCGCAUCUGCCGAUACCGAGCCCGAAAGAAGCGAGGACAGGAUUCAGAGACGUACCGAUAUCGUUCGUAUAACAGAACACAGAGUGUCACGAUGCGAUCAGUCACGAGUAGAGCUCCACGUUCUCUGGCCACAUCAUGCGACGUCGUGGGAGCCGGAGCGGGAACUUCAGAUCAACGCCCCCGAUGAGUGGCUGGCGUAUACAUCGGGCGUUGAGCAUCGUGCGUGCUUGGGAGAACAUCAGCGUGACAAGUGGCACGUUCUGGCUAUCCACUCGCACUGGGUUGCCAUAGCUCAAGAGAGCAGACGCCGGGAUCGAAAAGUCAUACUUCGGGUAUCAUGGGAGGGCAGCACAGAAAGGACGGAUAUCACCGAAAGAUCCGCGCGGCUGCGCAAUCCAGCAAUGGUCGCUGAAUACUGGCAUAACCAGGGUGGUAGAGAUAUUGCACUACUCGAUGCCGACAUUAAGGAGGUCUGA